AUGUCGACCCUUUCCGAGAACCCAACCUCACCCAACGCGAUCCCCAUCCGCUACAGCUCUGCCGGAGUUUCCAAUGGCGUGCAACAUCAGCCCUCGAAAUCCGUCCUCAAGCCGCUUCCGGAGGAUACUUGGAUCGCGUCCAAGCACCACUCACUCCCCCCUUCGCUGAGCCCUCCACCAGCGCUGGUCGACGUCACGAAUGGCAUCCGGCGCAGGCAUUCUAAAAAGAAAUCUACUCCGGAAAAUAUCAUACCUCGGCGGACAAUGGGAGACUGGACGGAGCAGAAGGAGAAGAUCAUCCUAGGACCCUACGACUACCUGUUCUCACACCCAGGCAAGGAUAUCAGGUCGGCCCUUAUCACGGCAUUCGACGGCUUCCUUCAUGUUCCUAGCCGAUCGCUCGAGGUUAUCAGGAAAGUCGUCGGUAUGCUACACACAUCUUCACUCUUGAUCGAUGAUGUGCAGGACGGUAGCAUCCUGCGGAGAGGAAUACCUGUGGCGCACAACAUCUUUGGUACGGCCCAGACCAUCAACAGCGCCAAUUAUGUCUACUUCCUCGCUCUGCAAGAACUGCAACACCUGGAGAAUAAGGAAGAAGCCAUUGAGAUCUUCACCAGCGAGAUGCUCAACCUCCAUCGUGGCCAAGGAAUGGAUCUUUACUGGCGUGACACUCUCACGUGUCCAACGGAAGACGACUACCUCGAAAUGGUGCAGAACAAAACCGGUGGCUUGUUCCGUCUAGCCGUCAAGCUGAUGCAGGCCGAGUCGCCUGAGAAGGGCCGACUAGACUGCGUACCCCUCGUCAACCUGAUGGGGUUGGUGUUCCAGAUAUGCGACGACUACCUCAACUUGUCUUCCAGCGUCUAUACUAAGAACAAAGGCCUGUGUGAGGACUUGACCGAAGGCAAAUUCUCCUUCCCCGUCAUCCACUCCAUCAGGAGCAAUCCCUCCAACCUACAACUUAUCAAUAUCCUCAAGCAGAAACCCACGGACGUCGAAGUCAAGAAAUACGCGGUUCAGUAUAUGGAGGGCACGGGCAGCUUCGAAUACACGAGAAAGGUCGUGCAAGAGCUGAAACAAAAAGCCUCAGCCCUGAUUGCGGAGAUGGAUGGAGGUUCGGGGAAUGGCAACGAAGUGAACCUGAUACUGGACAGGAUGGAAGUGGACCAGUAA